GACCCUAAGGCGAUCGGACUGGUGCUAUCGAGUCCACGCGGUCGUGCAAGAUCUCUAUGAAGCGAAGUUUGUUAAACGGCGCCCGUCUCCGCACUUGUGGAGGCGCCAUUGUCGUCGCCGCCAGAUCCAUAUGCAGUGGCGGAUCUUGGAGAUCCACCUCUGUUUGGAGUUUUGGGGAUAACAGCAAUGGCGCCUUGGGAAUCUCCUCGCCGCUGCUCGACGCCUACGAGCCCACGAAGGUUCCAUCGCUCCCUGCCAACGUUACGACCAUUGCCUCCGGCCACUACCACUCCCUCGCUGUUAAUGCUGACGGAGAGGUCUGGGCUUGGGGUAGAAACGAGGAAGGCCAGCUCGGCCGUGGGCUCGACGCGCCCAGAGAUAAAUGGAGACAACCAGAAAGGGUUUUGGGAUUGGAUGAUGUUAAUGUCCAAGCUGCAUAUGCUUCUGGCGUGGUUUCUGCUGCUGUUGGGGAUGAUGGAUCCUUAUGGGUUUGGGGUAGAUCAAAAAGAGGCCAGCUUGGUCUUGGUAAAGGAGUCACAGAAGCUGUUAAGCCAACCAAAGUUGAGGCACUUUUAGGACAUGAGAUAUGUAAGGUAUCUUUUGGAUGGGGACAUGCAUUGGCUUUUACAAGAGAUGGGAAACUAUUUGGCUGGGGCUAUGCUGAGGAUGGAAGGUUAGGGAAGAUGGGGGAGGCAUUGAUCAGCUCGAGUGUGCAAGAGCCUAAUUUUUAUAGCUCCUUGGACAAGUCCGUUUCUAUGUUUGAUGUUGCUGAGAAACUUGUUGCUGAAAAGAUGGAGAAGGAAAAUAACAUGCCAAUAAUUUGGGCGCCUUCUCUUGUUCAAGAACUUAGUUCCAUUGAAGUUUCUGAUGCAGCUUGUGGUCUUGACCAUUCACUUGUUCUCUGCUGUGAUGGCACUGUAUUUAGUUCUGGAGAUAACACACUCGGGCAGUUGGGGAGAGACACAGAAGGAACCAAAAUGCUUCCUGUACAGAUCAACAACUUCCAUCCUAUUUCUCUUGCAGCUGGGCUCGGCCACUCUCUGUUUUUAUAUCUGAUACCUUCCAAGGGAGAAGCUGAAGAAGCCACAGGUAUUCUUUCAUGGGGUUGGAACUGCAGCUCCCAGCUUGGCCGCCAUGGACCAGAAAAGGUUCCUUCUCCAGUAGCAGGACUAGAUGUAAAAAGACUGGUUUCAGUCUCAGCAGGAAGAGUUCAUUCAAUAAGCUUGACAUCAAAGGGAGAAGUUUUCACAUGGGGCUCAGGAAGAAAUGGAAGGCUGGGAUUAGGUAGCUCUGCAGAUGAAGCUGAACCUACUUUUGUUGAGUGCUUGGAAGGGCUUGAAGUCUUGCAGGCCAUAGCCGGUUUCGACCAUAACUUGCUUCUUAUUGCUGAUUAGUCUCGCGCGUUCAGAACUAUUGAGUGAGCUUUUUUGCUCUGCCUAAGAGAGAAAUAAGUUGGAAGGCAAGUCUUUCUUUGAUUUUUUCUUUGGAUUUUUUACUUGUAUAUUAUUCUAAAUAUAUAAUGUUAUUGAUGAAAAAUUGAAUCAAAA